UUCGGGUUUGGAUUGCUUGUUUUUCUUCGUCUUCAUCGUGGUUGCAGUCACUACUACUCCCUCAUCCACCACCACCACCACCACCAGUUCAUCAGAGCACGAUGCCGACGGUGAGUGUUGGACGCGAUCGCCUGUAUGCGGCUCUAGGAAGAACUUACACGCAAGAGGAAUUCGAAGACCUCUGCUUCAGUUUCGGAAUCGAGCUUGACGAUGUGACCACAGAAAAGGCAAUUGUGAGGAAAGAGAAGCAUUUGGAGGAAGAAGAAGCUGGUGAGGAUGAAGAAGUUAUCUAUAAAAUUGAAGUUCCCGCAAACAGGUAUGACCUGCUCUGCCUUGAAGGACUUGCUCAAGCCCUUCGAGUUUUCUGUGGGUUCCAAGAGAUCCCUACUUACAAAUUGGCUGACGUUGGGAAGGACGCAAUGCUCAAAAUGCAUGUGAAGCCUGAGACAAAAAAGAUUCGUGAAUUUAUUGUAUGUGCCGUGUUAAGAGGCAUAACUUUUGAUAAGGCAAGAUACAACAGCUUUAUCGACCUCCAAGACAAGCUUCAUCAAAACAUUUGCCGUCGAAGAACUCUUGUUGCCAUUGGAACUCAUGAUCUGGAUACAUUGGAGGGCCCUUUCACCUAUGAGGCUUUGUCACCUUCAAGUAUUAAUUUUACGCCCCUAAAGCAGGAAAGGAGCUUCAGCGCUGAGAAGCUGAUGGAGUUCUACAAAUCAGAUAUGAAACUGAAGAAAUUCUUGCAUAUAAUCGAGAAGUCUGAUGUUUAUCCUGUUAUAUAUGACAGUAAGAGACGUGUUUUAUCUUUACCUCCAAUUAUCAAUGGUGCACAUUCAGCCAUCACUUUGGAGACAAAAAAUGUAUUUAUUGAAUGCACUGCUACUGAUCUGACAAAGGCGAAGAUUGUUUUAAAUACAAUGGUAACAGCCUUCUCGGAAUUUUGUGAAAACAAGUUUGUCAUUGAACCUGUUGAAGUAAUUAAUUCUGAGGGAAAGUCAGAAAUAUAUCCUGAUUUAUCUGUCUACAAUAUGGAAGUUUCUCUAUCUUACAUUAAUGGACUAAUUGGGGUAUCCUUGGAGGCAGAAGAGGUCACAAAGUUCUUAAACCGGAUGCAAUUGCAUGCCAAGCAGUCUACAUCUGACAAAAAGCAGUGUAACUUUGUUGUAUCUGUACCUCCCACUAGAAGUGAUGUGCUUCACCCUUGUGAUGUUAUGGAGGAUGUUGCAAUUGCUUAUGGAUUCAAUGCUAUUAAGGAUAAAGCAAUAGUAGAUAAUAAAGGCUCAAAGAGACUGGCCGCUUCCUUGACACUACUUCCUCUGAAUGAGAUCAGUGAUCUCAUCAGAAAAGAGGUUACAAUGAUUGGAUUCACGGAGGUCUUGACAUUUAUACUCUGCUCUAAAAAGGAAAACUUUGCCAUGCUAAACCGGAAAGAUGAUAAAUCUAAAGCAGUUAUCAUUGGAAAUCCUAGGUCUUCAGACUUUGAGGCUGUUCGGACUAGUCUUAUGCCUGGCAUUUUAAAAACUGUUGCUCACAACAAGGACCAUCCUAAGCCCAUAAAGAUUUUUGAAGUAGGUGAUAUAGCAAUUUUGGAUGACAAAAAAGAUGUUGGUGCAAAAAAUCUACGACAACUUGCUGCACUUUACUGUGGGGCUAAUGCAGGAUUUGAGAUAAUUCAUGGCUUGGUGGACAGAGUAAUGGAAAUGAAUGGGAUUCCCUUUGUUUCAUCUGGUGAUAUAUCGGGGUAUUAUAUUGAGCGGUCAGAUGAACCUGAGUUUCUUGCUGGAAGACAAGCUAGAAUCGUUUACAAGGGAAAGCAAAUUGGGAUUUUUGGCAUUGUUCAUCCCGAGGUAUUAAACAACUUCGACAUUCCAGAUCCUUGCUCCUUUGUAGAGCUUAACAUUGAAAGUUUGUUAUAAAAAUUAUUUGUUUCAAAUGUAUCCAUUUGCCCCUGGCACCAUUUAAUCAUUGUUCCUUCAAUCUGGGAAUCAAGAUCCUUCACUUCUUGAGCCGCAUACUUGUUCUUGGAAUUUAGGACUACACUAGCUGGGGAGAGGAGUAUGUAACUAAUAUGCCCUAGAUUAGGGGUGUUUUGUUCAUUAUACGAUUGUGUAAUUUUCUUAAGUUUAUUAUUAGAAGCAAUGAGUUGUCUGCUGGGAUAAUUCUAACAUGAAUCAUAGAGCUAUUGUUGAAAAAUAGUUGAUUUCGGCCUUAAAACAAGACAGGAUAUUGGUACGUUUCAAUUGUCUAUACAAGAUAGUAGUCUCAAGACCUAUUGUUUGAUC